AUGUGUGAUUCAUUGCUGUGUGCUGGGACACGGCUGUGCUGGUGCUCACGAGGUGUCUCUGGCAGGUACGAGCUGCCGCAGUACGGGAGCCGCCGCCGGCUGCUGUCCCCGGCGGGGAUGUACGACGAGUACGGGGAGGUGGUGGUGGAGAGCGACGGUGGCUACUACUACAGUCCCCAUGGACCCACAGCCGAAGAGGGGAUGAGUCAAGUCAGAGGUGCUCCAAGCAGAGGGAUAAGCCAGGCAGCAGGGGCUCAAAUAGCAGCUAGACCUUUAGGUGGUGGGAUGGACCCAAGGCGUGGUCCUGGACCGUACAGGACCAGCCAGGGCAAAAGGAGACUGAAAGCAGUGAUGCAUGUGAGUCGUGUAGCAGUCAGUGCUCACAAACCGGUGGGAAGAGCCGAGUCCGCUCGUUCCCGAUGGAAGAAAGCAAAGAUAUUCCCGAUGAUCCUGCAGAAAGUGAAGGGCAGUAGGAAAGAUUCCAACUAUGCCAAGCUGAUGUCGGCUCGCCAAGCAGACGGAGACAAAAGCAUGAUCAUCAGGGGAAGCUACUUCCAGAAAUCCACAGAUGACAGACCUUCCAUGAGGAAACUAAAUCAUGUGUUAAAGCGCAUCAGCGUCUCCAGGAAACUUCAGGAGCCUCUUGGCAAGGAUUUGGCACGUAGAGAGGAGGAGUCUGAAAGAGAGGAAGCAAAAUCAGGAGUUUCCAUAAGUAUCACAGCAGAGAGUGAGCAGGAGGACAGUGACUAUGAGAAGAAGAAGAAGAGAAGGAGACACACCUCAGAUGAGUCAUCUGAGAAGAGCAGCAGCUCCGGCUCGGAGUCGGAAGACAAAGACUACUUGAAAAUAACUCUGGACCAAGAUGAAGCCACAGAAAGCACCGUGGACUCGGAUGAAGAAACUGGGCAGGAUUUGGGGGAUUCUGAGGACGACUCUGAGUCCAGCUCCAGCAGUGAAUCGGAGGAAGACUCAUCUGAAGAGGACGAUGACGAGGAAGACUCGGACAGCGAUGAGGAUAGUAGCCUGUCAAAGAGCUCAUCCACACGAAGUUCCUACAGCAGAUCAGGGACCAGCGAGUCCAGCAGCAUCAGAAGCACUGAAAUGUCCAGUACAAAAAGCAGGGGAGGGAGCUCUCAUGGCAGAGCAAGACGCUCCAGCCAGAAAUCCAGCGGCUCUACUGCAUCAGGCAGUGACAGGGACACAAGCUACAGGAAAACUUCAGGAUCCAGCUACAAGAGCAAAACCUCCUCCGCCAGCGUCGGGAUAGAAGACACCAUAGAAGAGGUGUCAGAAGAAGAGGAAGAAGCAGAUGAGACAGCAGAUAGUUCAAGCAAGGCAGCUUCUAAAACAUCUGCAAAACCUGGAGAGGGCAAGAAAGGGAAAUCAGCUGUCAGUGGUGAGGAGAGCGAGGAGGAGAGCGCAGAAGAGGCUGACACAGAUGGUAGUGACAGGGAGGAAACUCUCAGUAAGAAUGAAUCUUCUGGCCUAGAAAGUGAAAUCAGUGGGAUUUCCAAAGGUCCCAACGUGAAAAGAGUGAAAAAGGGAAAAAAGGUGUCCCAGGAACAGAGUCAGUCUCAGUCAGGUGAGAGCCUGGAGACUGGAGUCACGGAGUCGGAGGCUGCGGGGGAUUCCACGUCCUUCUAAAGCAGAGUGACAUGGGCCAAAAAGAAAAGGAUCAAGUUGAUAGUGGACCCGGAGUACGAGACCAGCUCCACGGGAGAGGACAGUGCUCCCGACUCGGGCCAGAGGAACCGGCUCAGCAACCCC